UACCAAGAUGGCGGCGUCCAUAAUUGAAACAUGCAAUGUAGCAUGUUGUGCAAACAGGACACCAAAUGUCGUUUCUUGGGGACGUGGAAGUAUCAUUGCCUUCGGGACAUGCAACUCCGUGGCGUUGUAUAACCCACAGGAAAGAAGAGUUAUCGCUGUGUUGAAUGGACACACAGGGAGAGUGAAUGCAGUCCAGUGGGUUCACAGAAAGGACAAUGCUCCAGAGUGUCAUCUUGUCUCGGGAGGCUCAGACAAUCGGCUCAUCCUCUGGGAAGCUCAAAAUGGGAAGUUCAUCCAGUCAGUGGAGUGUAAAGGCCACACUGGUCCUGUCUGUGCCGUGGAUACAAUCUACACAGAGGACUCAAAGAUCCUGGUGGCCUCAUCUUCAUCAGAUUCCACAGUUAGAUUGUGGCAUUGCAGUUAUACUAAAGAAGCUGAGUGCCUCCAUGUCGUAUCAUUUGGCAGCGGUUUUAUGAUGGAUGUUUCCCUGACGCUGUUGCCAGGCACUGGAGUUCCCAUACUGGCCUGUGGUGGUGAUGACUCUCGGGUACAUCUGUAUGUUCAGUCCAAAGGGCAGUUCCAGAAAGCCAUGUCACUGCAAGGACAUGAAGAUUGGGUUCGUGGAGUGGAAUGGGCAUCUACAGGUGGGGAGCUGUUAUUAGCCAGCUGCUCCCAGGACUCUCUCAUCAGAGUGUGGAGGCUUUGUGCCAAGUCUAGCACAGAUGCCAGCACAGAGGACGAUCACAACAUCAUCAGAAUGAAAGAGGACAUUUUUGAAGUGAAGGAUAGAGAAGUGUCCUCAGUCUUUGCUGUGUCCCUUGAAACGGUCCUGGCAGGCCACGAGAACUGGGUUUAUGGAGUGCACUGGCAGCCUCCUGUCUAUAAAGAUGGCAAGCUGCAACAGCCGCUCAGUUUACUUUCUGCAUCUAUGGACAAAACUAUGAUCCUCUGGGCUCCUGAGGAGGGAUCUGGUGUCUGGGUAGAGCAGGUGCGUGUAGGGGAGGUGGGUGGAAACACUCUGGGCUUUUAUGGCUGCCAGAUGAGUCCAGAUGGCUCCAUGAUUGUCGCUCAUGCUUUUCAUGGAGCACUGCAUCUCUGGUGCAAGGACCAAGACAAAGAGGGAGGGUGGAGACCAGGAGUUGUCAUAUCAGGUCACUUUAAUGCAGUCCAAGACCUGAGCUGGGAUCCCGAGGGUGAGUUUAUCCUUACUGUGAGCUCAGACCAGACCACCAGACUGUUCACUCCAUGGAAGAAGCAAGACAGCAAACAGGCAACCUGGCAUGAAAUCUCGCGGCCGCAGAUCCACGGAUACGACAUGCAGUGUCUGGCCAUGGUCGGGAGGUUUCAGUUUGUGUCUGGGGCUGAUGAGAAAGUCCUGAGAGUGUUCCAGGCUCCUCGCAAUUUUGUGGAAAACUUUGCAAACAUCUCUGGGACCUCAAAAGAAGAGCUGCUGAUAUCCAGCGACUCUGCCAACCUUCCAGAAGGAGCCAGCACACCUGCCCUAGGUCUGUCCAACAAGGCUGUAUUUCCAGGUGACCUUGUCCCAAAAACCAAUGAAGAAGAGAAGCAGUUCAAUAGUAUAUCCGACCAAUACCAGGAGUCUUACUUCCACCCACUCAACCUGACGGAGCCACCACCAGAGGAUCAUCUUCUCCAGAACACACUUUGGCCAGAGGUCCAGAAGCUGUACGGACAUGGCUUUGAAAUGUUCUGCCUCGCAUCUGACAGCACAAGAACAGUGGUUGCGUCUGCAUGCAAGGCAUCUAAAGCCGAGCACGCUGCAGUGCUGCUGUGGAGUACAACCACAUGGCGUCAGUUCCAGAUGUUGCCGUGUCACUCACUCACUGUUACCCAGAUGGGCUUCUCACCUGAUGCUCAGUUCCUAUUGGCUGUUUCCAGAGAUCGCACCUGGUCUUUAUGGAGGCGGAGCCUGCCCACAGCAGAAAGCCCAGAGCCUCUGUUCUCUCUGCACGCACACACAGGGAAGGACACAGCCAUGCACAGUCGAAUUAUCUGGUCAUGUGACUGGAGCCCCGACAGCAAGUACUUUGUGACAUCCAGCAGGGACAAGAAGGUGAUAGUGUGGGGCCCCUGCAGACUGGACUGCUCUGAAGAACCUGAGCUUCCUGUGGAAAUUAAACCAUGUUCCUCUAUCUUGGAUGUGGGAGAUUCUGCUACGGCUGUAGCUUUCUGCCCUGUUCUCUGCUCUGGCCACAGCUACCUGCUUGCAGUUGGCCUGGAGUGUGGAAAGAUCCUGCUGUACAAGUGGAGACCUGGCCAGGAGGCUGCUGGAGGGGGUGACUGGACCAGCUGUGGAGAAACUGACACAUCACAAAGCCAUUCUUUGGCAGUCAAGCGACUCCGCUGGAGGCCCAGGGCUGGUAGAGCCGGUCGAGAGAACAGCGAGCGGAUUGGACAAAGUGACAGAGAGAGUGAAGUUGAGGACGAGAGCUCCUGGGUCCAACUUGCCAGUGCCAGUGUUGACCAUUCUGUCAAAAUCUUCAACAUCAACAAACGGUCUCUUUAGCACCACCAACACUGACACUAUUAUGUCUCUCAAGUCUAGAUAGAUGCUUGGACUGAGGGCCACAGGCCUGUAUGGGGCACCAAGGGCACAGCUGCUCGAUGGCGAACUAUUCAAUCCAUGCGACAGCCAGUUAAGUCAUGGGUCAGUCAUAGGACAACCCCACAGCACACAAGCCCUGCAGUCUGUCUGCACAAAGCAGAAUGGUGAAAAUAACCAUCACUGCAAGAUGGUAUUUUGCUUGGACACCUCAGUGUUUUAGAUUUAGAGAAUAACACAUUGCUGGAUGUCAACACAGACUGCAUACUCACAGGUUAUCUAAGGACAUGUUUAUAUGGUGGACUGAAUUCUUCAAAUAACAAAUCAGAAAGAUCUCAGCCAUUCUUUUGUCUCUUAUUUUAUGAAAUGCAAAUAAGAGUCAAAUGUUGUUACUUGUGACCAACUAAUUAAAUCUUUUGUUUU